GCCCCUUGCCGCCGCCGCCGCUCGCUCGCCGCCUCUCCCCCCCGGCGGGAGCCGCUCGCCGCCUCUUUGCACUAGUCGCUCCGCUCUCUCGGUCAUGUGACCUUAACGUAACCGGACAGGAAAAGCCCCGCCGCCGCCGCCGCCGCCGCGCCGGAGACACCGACCGCGGCGGCAGCAGCAGCAGCAGCGGCGGCGGCGGCGCCGGGGCCAGCGGGGCGGCGGGGCGAGCACGGCCGGCGCUGCCCAGCGGCGCCUGCUCCACACCCCCCCCCCCCGCCGCAGCAGCAGCAGCAGCAGCAGCGGCGGCGACAGCACCGGCGACAGGUUUGUUAAAAAAAAUGGACUUGGCCAACCAUGGACUUAUUCUCCUGCAGCAGUUAAACGCCCAGCGCGAGUUUGGGUUCCUGUGUGACUGCACGGUGGCCAUCGGCGAUGUGUACUUCAAGGCCCACAAAUCAGUCCUUGCUUCCUUCUCCAAUUACUUUAAGAUGUUGUUUGUCCAUCAGACCAGCGAGUGCGUGCGCCUGAAGCCCACCGACAUCCAGCCCGACAUCUUCAGCUACCUCCUGCACCUGAUGUACACGGGGAAGAUGGCCCCGCAGCUCAUCGACCCCGUGCGCCUGGAGCAGGGCAUCAAGUUCCUGCACGCCUACCCGCUCAUCCAGGAGGCCAGCCUGGCCAGCCAGGGCGCCUUCUCGCACCCGGACCAAGUCUUCCCGCUGGCCUCGUCCCUCUACGGCAUCCAGAUCGCCGACCACCAGCUGCGCCAGGCCUCCAAGCUGGCGCCGGCCCCGGAGAAGCUGGCGCGGGACGCGCGGUCGGCCCGGUUGGGUCCCGACCCGGGCCCCGACGCCUCUGCUGCCGCCGCCGCCGCCGCCGCCUCGCUGUCGCAGCUGCCCGGGGGCCGGACCCACCUGACGCCCUCGGAACCGCUGCUCCCCACGCCGCUGUCCCCCGAACUCGUGUCCACGCCCGUGCCGCCGCCGCCGCUGUCGUCGUCGUCGAUGCCCGGGGACGAGGCGGGCCUGGCGCCGUCGCCGUCGGACGAGCCCCCCGCGCCGCUGACCAUCGCGCACGUGAAGCCGAGCAUCAUGAAGCGCAACGGCAGCUUCCCCAAGUGCUACGCGUGCCACCUGUGCGGCCGGCGCUUCACGCUGCGCAGCAGCCUGCGCGAGCACCUGCAGAUCCACACCGGGGUGCCCUUCCCGGGCGCCGCGGGGCCGCCGGGGGACGCGCGUGGCCACGCCGCGCUGGCCGCCGCCGCCGCCGCCGCGGCCGCCGCCGAGGAGCUGGCCAAGGACGCGGCCGACGCGCCCGAGGCGGGCAUGGUCAGCGACAGCGAGCUGCCGCCGCACAUCUCCGACUCGCCGCUGCUGGACGGGCAGCCGCCGUCCGAGACGCCGCCGCCCUCGGACAUCGCGGACAUCGACAACCUGGAGCAGGCCGACCAGGAGCGCGAGGUCAAGCGCCGCAAGUACGAGUGCACCAUCUGCGGGCGCAAGUUCAUCCAGAAGAGCCACUGGCGCGAGCACAUGUACAUCCACACGGGCAAGCCCUUCAAGUGCAGCACGUGCGACAAGAGCUUCUGCCGCGCCAACCAGGCGGCGCGCCACGUGUGCCUCAACCAGAGCAUCGACACCUACACCGUGGUGGACAAGCAGACGCUCGAGCUGUGCACGUUCGAGGAGGGCAGCCAGAUGGACAGCCUGCUGGUGCAGGCCAGCAAGCCCUACAAGUGCAACCUGUGCGACAAGACCUUCGCCACGCCCAGCGAGGUGGUCAAGCACGCGUGCCAGAGCCAGGCGGCGGACGUGUUCGCGCUGGACGAGGGCCGCGCCCUGCUGCUGGGCGCCGGCGGGGACUCGGAGGUCCCCGAGCCCGACCACCCGGUGCUGGCGUCCAUCAAAAAGGAACAGGAAACCGUGUUGUUGGACUGACCCCCACCCACCCA